AGGGAUUCAACUGUAAUUUAAUCUAAUUUACAUAUAUAUUGAGUGUCUGCUGGUCGAUUGAUCGAGUUAUCGUUCAUUGUAAACCCAUGUCGGAAAGGGCCAUGGAAUUGCAAAGCACGGCGCCAGUGGAGACAGCGACGAGCAGUUCCUUUUCCGACGAUACCAAUCCUUGCCCGAUCUGCCUCGGACUCAUAAUUCAACCUUCCUAUCUCGACAAAUGCUUUCAUAAAUUUUGUUACAAUUGCAUUUUACAAUGGACCAAAGUGGUUUCUGGGAAGCACUCCUGCAUGCUCUCGUCCAUUAAGUGUCCUUUAUGCAAGACAGAAAGUUCUUCUAUAAUACACGGAUUAGAUGGACACUGUCUCCAAAGACAUUAUGUUAAUCGGGAUUUUCAGGAUAGCUUUAUCUUAUCAAAAGCUCACAAGUAUAGAUUACAGUGCUAUUAUACUGAACCAGGUUUCUUGGAUGACAUAUUCAAUGUACAGAGGUACUGGAAGUUACGGAAGUAUCUCCAGGCAAACCAAUGGCUUGAAGUUUGGUUGAAAAGGGAACUUCAAGCUUUGAUUCAGGAAGAAGAUAUUGACAUCAUUAUGCACCACCUACUUGGUUUUAUUAAUUCAUUUUUUAGUAGAAAUGAACCUAGGUAUCAAACAGAAACGCCUGAACUGAAGAGGGAAACGUUUAACCGCAUGGUCCUUGAUGCAGCAAAGCCAUUCCUGUCGGCAAGAGCAGACCGAUUCGUGCUUGAGUUGGAGCUGUUUCUUGCUUCAGGUUUGAACAUUGAAGCGUAUGAUUCGGUUUACUUGCAAAGGUUGGGUUGGAAUGAGCCUGUAGUGCCGAUCAUGGCUAUCAAAGAAGAUCUUGGACUCAAACCUGUAACUCCAUACUUGUAUAUCUUUGAAUAUGACCCUGAUGAUGAUUAAACAAGUUCUUACAAAAUUGGUUUCUGUGACAGUAACUGCUGUGUGUUAUCUCUCCACCUUCCAAUAUGAGUUUAAUGAAAAGUUGGUCAAAUCUGAUUAUAAAUUGUCAUUUGAAA